CACGCGCCGCACAGAGAUCUGUUUCGCGCUUCUAUAUAACAGGAUCGCACUGAUUUGCUCCAAUGGAAUACUCCACGUUGCUCCUGAUAUUGACGGCUUCGUUUUGCCUGCUUUCUCUGCCGUCCAGUGCUCUCAAAUGCUGGCAGAAUUCUGACUCCACUGCUGAGAUAGACUGGUCCAUCAAAGAAUGCAACACAUCCAACAACGAAACUGCCUGCCUGGCACAGUAUCGUCUGUACAAUGGAUGCCCACUGCCUUCCUUUUACGGCUGUCACACACCCAAGAUGAGGAGCAUCUAUUCCUGCAACCCAACCGAAGGACAGGACUCUGACUAUAGCUGCAGCUGUUCCAGCGAUCUCUGCAACUACUUUGUCCCUCACACCCCGGACCCCAUCCCACCUGUAGUUCUUUCAGAGGUCUGUGCGGCUAAAGGUUGCUCCCAAAACUGCAUUGAGCACAAGGGGAUAGCCAAAUGCUACUGUAAUGGAGGAUACACUCUAGAUGCAGACGGCAUUGCCUGCAAUGAUCUCGAUGAGUGUGCAUAUAACAAUGGAGGAUGUGAGGGAACCUGCGUGAAUCAUAUGGAAGGAUACUACUGUUCCUGCCCCAAUAACCAGAGGCUGAAGGACGGCUAUCGUUGUGAAAACUACAAUGGACUCAUAUGUGCAAGUCAGACCUGCAACAACACAGGGUGCCAACAAAAGGGUGUUAGUUACUGUGGUGAAACAACAGGCCGCUCACAAUAUUGCCAGGUUAGAAGAAAAUGUAUUCCCCAGCCCAUUGUAUAUAUAUACAUUGGGUGGAUUGUUACACCACUGCACUCUUACGUGACUCCACUGACAAUAAUUUGCUGUAUAACUGAGGGUAAAGUAGUUAGCCCACCUGAACCGUGUCUACUGAUGCCCAAUGAGGCAAUUUUAUAGCCCCUGCACUGAUCAAAUUCACAUUUAGGAAUUUGUGACAUUGGACAUAACUUCCUCCAUUCCUCACUUACAGGCCACCUACAAGCACAGUAAGGAUAAUGGGUACCAAGUGAGGCUGCUGAGCUGUUUUUCUGGUGAUUUAGUAUGCGAAAGAGGUAAACAACAAGGAGUAUAAGUAAAGAUCCUACUUAUCAAGAUAAUUAUUGUUUUUACUCUGCCAUUAUGUAGACAGCUGCACUCUUCGCCGAAUCAACCCACUACUAGAUGUGUACUACUGCUGUUGUUCGGGGAACAUGUGCAAUGACAACGUUCAGUUUCCAACUUAAACCCUGGAGUGUUGACAGCUCACCCACAUCUCUGGUCAUUCAAUUUCAGCUGCAAAACUUUAUAGCUACACAUUUUUCUACAUGUUCUUGUGAUAUUAUAUGUUCCAAUUUGCAGUAGUUUAGGAAAAGGUUUGUGCUGCAGGCUUUGUCAAGACCGAUACGAAUUAUUUCCAGCUGCAUGUUCAACCACAGGUCAUUCAGCUAAUCACAUGAGAUAUGGAAGGAAAGUGGGUAAUUACAGUGCUAAUGUCAACAUUUAUUUUCCCACACAAAGUUUCGAGAGAAGAGACGCCAGUUCUGCAACCGAAUCACAGAGAGUAAUGUGAAAGAGCCUGCAAUUAUAAACCACCAAUUAGUCGCAUUACGAUAACGAAUGAUAGGAACAGGAAACAUGAUAUGGUAGUAGUGUAAAGGUUGAUGUCUGUGGUAACAUGUCGGGCCUGUCUGGCGAAUUUUGGAAGAUGCAUAACACCUGCUCCGAGCCUCCGACUCCACUCAUAAUUCAAAAUUCCGUGCUAGUUGUUUUCAUCAAAGAAUCGUUACUUUUUCGAAGCGAGUCUAAGGUAUCUAGAGCGUGCGUAGGACAAGACAGCAAAGGCCAGUCUAGUGAUAAUGAAUUUCGGGGUCAAAUUGGUGAGAGAGCAGACAAUGGCGUGAGGUAGACAGCCAUAAGUGGUUCCCUGGAUUCCAAUGGUACCGACAGC